AUUAGUCGACAUGUACAGGAUUAUCCUUCAAAAAUUAAGACCCUCUGCUUAGACAAUAGGUUCAUAUUUUAUAUUACUUUUUUUCACUCGUCUGAAACGCACCUCAAAAACAGGGCUAAUCUUUUCGUUAUGAAGCUCGAACAUGAUCCCAUUUUAUUGAAAAUUAUAUUUCAAAAAAUGUAUUGAUUAUAUUAGUGGAUACAAAAAUGAUUUUGUCACUAAGGACACCAUGGAGAAUUACGGACAGGACGCUGCAAAUAAAUUGGCGACGUUUUGGAGAGGAAUUUCUACGGCUAAGAGCUCAUUUCUGCAAACAACAAAUAAUAACGGCGCGAACAGUAACGUGAACGACCUGUCAUCAAGCCCAGGUAACGCUAGAGGGGGAGGAGGGGUGAACCAGCCGCCUUCAUCAAGCAAUUCAUCCCGCUCCAACAGUUUUCUCGCUCCAAACCAAGACAGUGCAUCUUUUCAAAGCUCGACUCAAAGCAACGUUAAUAAUAUACGACCUUCAUACACUUCUGUUAGCAAUACCAACCCCAACUACAACUCCACCGGCAACUCGUCGUCUUACCAUCAGCCUACUGAAGAUUCCUCACUAAACAGACCUAACAACUUAUCAUCGAGUACUAACCAAAAUGUUAAUGACUCAUCCUCAACAUCGCCAUCUUUACUGAGCAGAAGACUUCAGCAAGCUGUUCACGCCAACAGCUCUUCUACAACCAUGAACUCCAGGCUAGAUUCAGCUUUUGCUAAAUUUGUUCAGCAGGCUAAAAAUGCGUCAAGUUCAUCGCCAACAGUGCCCCCCGUGACAGAGGAUAAAACAGGUCCUAGCCGCGGGGCUAACCACCCGUCACUAUCACCAUCAUCAUCAGUAUCUGUGAACCCAACUGCAAAUCUAAUCAGGAGAGGAGAGGAUUAUGGCGCCUGUUCUAUUGCAGCUAAUACAAAUAGCAAUCAGGCAUCAGCAUCAGGCAGCAAUAACUUGGCCUGUUAUAAUCCUGGAAGCAGUAAUGUGAUGGUGUCUCCUUCUGAUUUCAAUGGCGACAAUCCUCAUCAUCAUAAAUCAUCUCAGCCCCAAGACCCAACUAGAGAACAAGCGGACCUGACAGGAGACCACAUGCACUCACAUGAGCCUAAUAGAUCCCCAAGGACAGAUCAGUUGAACCCAAGCCAGAGUUGUCCAUCGACCCCCUUUCCGGAUCAGCACACUCAGAAGCCAAACUCGGUGCUGAACGUAGCCUCCUCUCUCUUUACGCGCUCGCCCCGACUGCCUCAUUUUCGAAACCUGAGAUCAGAAACGAUCGCAGUUGAUUCGAAUAAUCCAGACGCCCAACCUAUAACACCAAUCGUAGUCCAACAAGGUCUGGACUCUAUCCCCACACCAACCUCCUCAAAACGAGCUUCGGUCUCCAACUCGCCGAGCCAAGCACGACUCUCGGAAGCCUCGUUGCCUCAGUUAAACCCGUUACCCGAAGAGAACUUACCCGAGGGGUUAAGCCCACCGAAUCCAUCCGAAGUUGACCUAGAAGCUAGUGCUAACUCCACGACAUCGCGAGGCAAAACUGCGAUGAUGAAUGCUCGCUACUUCGCGAAACUGCUGAAGAAGCAGAAUACGGAGCCGAAUGGGGAGGUGGCGGGCUUCCACAAGGGGUCUAUGGCCUCUCUGCCUCCUAUGAACGAAGAGGGAAAAGAUGGUCGAUACAGUUCAAAUGCAAUCAUUUGUGCAAGAUGCAAGAACGAAGUGGUGAAGCAGAAUGGGGAGUGGGUGGAGAAAAGACCCCCCAGUGGGUGUGCGACCGGGGGGCAGGCGGGCGCCGGUGGCAACUCAGCUGCGUCCUCCAGCUCCUCCGCGACGAACCAGGUGGAGCAGAAGAAGCCAAGUAGUGCUGGGUUCUUCUCCUCUGCUCUCUCUUCCGUAUUCGCAAUGGCCGAAGACAGAGGGGGUCUGCCAUACGUUGGCAGUAUCCACUUCACCCUCUCCUACGACUUCUCGGGCCAGGUUCUCACGGUGGGGGUUAUUGAGGCAAAGAGUCUCACUGCCAAAGACCGAGGAGGAACCAGUGACCCCUAUGUCAAAGUACUGCUACUGCCCGAGAAAAAGAAACGACAAGAAACCAAGGUUGUGUACAAGAAUCUAACUCCAGUCUGGAACGAGAGUCUUACAUUCACAGGAGUGCCUCUGGAUAAGCUGCAGAAACGAAUCCUGCAAUUGAUGGUUCUGGACUACGACAAGUUCUCGCGCGAUGACCCCAUAGGAGAAGUUAAUGUGCCAAUGUGUGAGUUGGAUUUCACACAGCCGAUAAAUAUCUGGAAGGAUCUGAACCCGAUAGCAAAAGAGAAGUACAAGAGAGGGGAGAUUCUGCUGUCGCUGUGUUACAACCCAGUGGGUGGCAUUAUGACCAUCAUCGUGAUCAAGUGCAAGGAGCUGAAGCCUAUGGACAUAUCAGGAACUUCUGACCCCUACGUGAAAGUGUACCAACUCUACCAGGGUAAGCGAGUGUGCAAGCACAAGACCCAAUGUCGAAUGCAGUCUCUAAACCCCACAUUCGACGAGACAUUCUCGUUCACAGUGCCGACUACCAAAUUAGAAGACACUCAACUGGCAGUGGUAGUCAUGGACAAAGACAUGAUUAAGUGGAACGAAAAAAUCGGAAGUGUCAUUCUUGGCCGAAGAUCCGGCCAGAAAGAAAUGCAACACUGGCAAGACAUGCUUAAGUCUCGAAGGAAGCCAGUAGCGAUGUGGCAUUACUUGCGAGCUGACUUGGAUUAAAAAAGAGAUAAAGGAUAUAACCAUCACCUUCCUAAAAGUGCUACCAUACAAAAACAUGACAAUUUAAAUAAUUUAAUGUACCAAUCAAAUUGAUAUAUAUAUAUAUUUAGUUUUGUAACAAAACCAGUUUCAUUUCCUAUUUUA